AGUAACACACAGAAAGAGGCAGAGAGGGAUAAAAAGAAGGAAGAAGAAAAAAUACCCCCAAAUCUCUCUCUCUUUCCAUUCUACUCGACGACCUUUCAACCUUCUCAAUUCUCAUAGCAUCGCAAUUUCCAUCAUCACAACUGUGUCGGCCCUCCCACGCCAUUCCCAAAGCUCCAAUUCGCACUCUUCUACUCUAAGAUCUUGAAUUGGUGUAAACCUAAUAAAUCCAAGGGUAUAUCAAUGGAGGGAUUAGGUGGGCCGUCAUCAGACUCUCCGGCAAGCAAGAAACUUCAUGAACUUUCGAGAAUUUAUCAGUAUUACUUGGAUAAGACGACCCCACAUGCGGUUCCAAGGUGGGUAGGAACCCUAGUUCUUGCCGUGCUUUAUGGGUUGAGGGUUUUCUUUGUUCAAGGGUUUUAUGUCAUCACUUAUGCUCUUGGGAUCUACAUCUUGAAUCUGCUAAUUGGGUUUUUAACCCCUUUGGUUGAUCCUGAGCUUGAGGUUUCUGAUGGUCCCACUUUACCCACCAAAGGUUCCGAUGAGUUCAAACCCUUUAUUCGCCGACUUCCUGAGUUUAAGUUCUGGCACUCCAUUACUAAGUCAUUUUGCAUUGCGUUUGUAAUGACUUUCUUCUCUGUAUUUGAUGUUCCUGUAUUCUGGCCAAUAUUGCUGUGUUACUGGGUUGUGCUGUUUGUUCUCACCAUGAAACGCCAAAUAACACACAUGAUCAAGUACAGAUAUAUUCCUUUCAGCCUCGGAAAGCAGAAAUAUGGAGGGAAGAAUAAACACGGUGCAUCUUCCAGUGGUGGUUCUCGUGCUGACUAAAAACAUGAAGAAUUUGCAGGUAUUGGAGAAGUAAGAAAGAUGAAUCCUUCCUCGAAAAUUUAGUUUUAGGACAAGAGUGAAGGGGCGUACGUAUUGAGAAGAUUGAGUCCAAAUAUAUCUUUUUAUCUGCGUUUUUCAGGAGUAUAUACGGUAUCCGGUUGCAUUGCAGCUUUUCCGGUUGCCAGGAAAUUUGUUGUUGCUUAGUUUUCGGACCUGGGCUUGUUUAUUUACCGUAGUGAUUUAACGGUGUAUUAAAGCUCUUAUAUUAGCAAGGCCACAUCCCUAUUCAUUUAUUGUACUGUUCCCUUUUUCUCCUUGAAUACAUCCUACUUGAUUAUUCUA